UUCUCUCCUUUCUCUCUUUCAUCUUCACGUCCAGUUUGGCAUAGAUUCUCUCCUACCAGUUCAUAUAUAUAUCUCCAAUAUUAGAAAUAAAUAAAGUAAAGAGAGUUUUAAUUAUAGCUUUUUUGGAAUUCCACUAUGAAUGAAAAAGCAAGAGUUUCAAAGGAGCUUAAUGCUAAACAUAUGAAGAUACUUGAGGGACUACUUAAAUUGCCAGAGAAUCGAGAAUGUGCCGACUGCAAAAGCAGAGGUCCAAGAUGGGCUAGUGUGAACCUGGGAAUCUUCAUAUGCUUACACUGUUCUGGUGUUCACAGGAGUCUUGGAGUACAUAUAUCAAAGGUACGAUCUGCUACAUUGGACACCUGGCUUCCCGAGCAGGUUGCAUUUAUACAAACAAUGGGAAAUCAGAAAUCAAAUAGCUAUUGGGAAGCCGAGCUGCCUCCCAAAUCCGGCAGAGUUGGUAUUGAAAAUUUUAUCAGAUCAAAAUAUGUGGAGAAAAGAUGGAUACCACGAAAGGGGAAUGUGAAAGCAUCUCCUCGUGUCAGAGGAGAACAUAAUUCGGCUAGUAAACAGGGGACUGACGGGGAUACAGUGUAUAUCAAGCGGAAUAUUGCACCUCCUGAAUUACCUAAGCAGAUUGCCGCUGAUCCUAAGCCAAAAGUUGUUCAGAAUGCAAAACCAGUAGCCGCUGUGGAAGAAGCAAAGCAAAAGGCUAAUGUUUCUUCUGAUUCCCAGCAAAAGGUUCUUCAGAAUGUAGUACCGUCAAUCUCUCAAGUCGCAAAAGCAAAGCCUGAAGCGAAUUUCUCCCCAACUGUAUCAACAGCUAGCAACAACUAUGCUGCUGACCCAAAUGGAAAUGGAUCUGUUCUAAAGACACAUUCGAUAGGAGUGCCCCAACCGGGGGACGCAAAAACAGUAAUCGAGCAGAAUGCCCGUUCUACUGUUAUAGAAAACAAGAACAAAUUUGAUGCAGGAAUUGAGGAACUGAUAAAAGAUUUUCAAUGGAAUACCCAGCCUGUCUUAGAAAACCCCUUGCAAAAUGUGAAGAAUGAGCAACAAAAGUCGCUGAAUCCACAGCAGCCUCCUCUGGUGCCUACUACAGUAAAGCAUUUUAGUUGUCCUCAAACCAUGUAUCAAGCUUCAAAUGGAAACCAGCAAUUUUAUCAGGUCCAUGGAAAUAAGCAGAUGGGAAGCGCUCAACAUUUACACGCAUCUACGCCAUCAGCCUAUGCUCUAAACCCCAGCAUGUUUUCUGCAAUGCCAGUAGCUCCAAUGAAUGGAAUAACAGCAACAGGAGCUAUUAGGCCUUUGCCAAGUUUGCCAGCAGUUUCAGUUGUUCCAAUGCAAUCAGGAUACCAUUAUGAUUUCUCAUCGUUAACGCCUGAAAUGUUAUCAAGACGAUAAAUUAUCAUCGAAUUAAUUAAUAUCGCUUUUCCAUUUAUUUAGAAUCUGCAAAUAUUGUAAAUGUUAGAACAGUUCCACAGUGACUUCUCCCAUUUUUUCUUGGAGGUGUUAAACAUUACAGGGAACUAAGCCAUGUACCAUCAAUUAUUGGUUGAUCCAUGUUAUAGCAAGUUGUUCUUUUAUUAUA